AUGCUCGUAGGAUGGAUGGAUGAGAGGGUCAACGGGACGAUAUGUCGCUCCAAUGGUGAAGGUAACCCAACAAGGAAAAGGGGAAACAGGAAGGACAACUCGGGCCUGGUGCUGGUGCUGGUGGAUGGAUUGCUGCAAAAAGCCUCCCACCCGAUGCUUCGCUUCCCGAGCUCAGCUCCAACGACGAUGCAGUUCGCUGGGCAAGUUGCGUGGAUGCUGCGCCAGCUCAGUCAAACCCCGCUUCUCACACUCGCGGGAGAGGGAAGGGGGACGUGGAAGGUAAGAGGGGUCGUAAAGGUAGGCGUGCGUCUCUUCCCUCUGGGUUCCGGCUCUGGGCGUGAUGAUGGCUUGCUGCGCGAUGUCGCUGUAGCGCUGUCUCGGCCUCCCGUCGUUCGUUUGGUUGUAGUCUGGUUGACGGCUCGUACGGAUUUCAACGGCGUUUCGAUGUGCCCUGCAUCCCUUUUCUGGGUUCUCGCAGAUCAGGCGUCCUAUAUUCAAGGACCAAAGGUCAAGUUCAAUGAUGUAUGA